UUGAGUUAGCACUUUCUCAGCGGACCCCCGGGACGUCUGGCUGUGAACAAUCAGUUCAACCAUGAAACUCCUGUGGGCGUUAUUCGCUGUGGCCCUCCUGGCAGGCUGCCGGGCAGAUCCCCUCCCACUGGAGCAGGAUCUGGGACUCGGGGCUGAGAAGACGCAGCAGCCAUGGGAGGAGGCGCUGGAGCGCUUCUGGAGCUAUGUGGUUCAGGUCCCGAACAUGGCACAGGACAUGCGUGACAAGGCUGUUAACUCUCAGAUCAACAAGGAGAUCAACAUGCUCUUGGAAGAUACCACAACCGAGUUCAAAAACUUGAAGGAGCAACUGGAGCCGGCGAUGGAAGACACCCGGGCCCGCAUCCACAAGGAGCUGACGGCCGUGGUGGACCGGCUCCAGGGAGACCUGCAGGAGGCCAAGGAGCGGGUGACCCACUACGAGACGGAGAUCCAGGCCAUGGUGGGCCACAACUUGGAGGAGCUCCGCAGCCGCACCUCCUCCCAGCUCCGCAAGCUCCGCAAACGCAUCUUCAAGGACGCCGAGGAGCUUCGACGUCGCCUCACCGUCUACGGCACCGGGGCCUGGGAGGGGAUAGAGCGGGGGGUAGGCGUCUUCCAGGAGCGGCUGGAGCCCAUCGGUCAGCGGAUCCAAGCCAAGGGCCAGGAGCGGGUGCAGGUGGUGGGAGAACUGGUCAACCGGCAGGUCAAAGAUCUGGGCUCGAGGGUGCAGAAUUAUGGGGAGCAGGUGAAGGAGAAGAUUGAGGAGCUGCAGGGCCAGGUGAGGGGGCGGCUGUUGAAGGCGGGCGAGGAGACCCGGGACAAACUGGAUGACCUGAAGGAGAAGCUGGAGGAGAUGAAGGAGAAGAUGGAGCGGCAAGCCGAUGAGGUGCGUCAGCAGCUGGAGAAGAUGCAGGAGCAGUUGAGGGGCUGGUUUCAGCCCCUGGUCCAAGACGUGCAGGCCCAAUGGACCAACCUGCUGGAGAAAGUGCAAGGCAGCAAGGAACCGGUCCCCGAAGAAUGAGCCGGAGCCCCCCGGCUGGACCCCCUGCCUCCCAUCCGGGCCUCGAGCCCCCAUCCCCUCUGCUCGCGGAGAUAAUAAACGCACUUAGGUGGCUUUCUGUAGCA